GAGGCUAGCCUGGUCUACAAAGCGAGUCCAGGACAGCAAGUGUGGGGACCUGAGUUUGGAUCCCCUGCACCCACAUAAAGUCAAGUGUGGCCAUGUAUUCCCUACAGGCCCAGUAUGGCGGAGAAGGGGGAGUGGGGAAAGGAUGACCCCUGCGGCUCACUGGCCAGCCAUUCUGACAGAAGCCAUGAAUUCUGGGUUCAGUGAGAAACUCGGUCUCAAAAAAAGUCCCUCUCCCAGCACCAUGCCCCAGCUGUACACAAGGCGGAAGUGAGGGGCCAGGUGUGGCCCUGCCCAGGGCAGCAUGACCAAGCCUCGGCUCUUCCGGCUGUGGCUGGUACUGGGGUCGGCCCUCAUGAUCCUUCUGAUCAUUGUAUACUGGGACAACGUGGGCACCGCCCACUUCUAUCUGCACACGUCACUGUCCAGGCCGCACAUCCUAGAACCCCUUCCCACCCCGGGGCUGCGUGAGGAGACCGUGUUCGCUUCCGACGUGGACGAGUUUUUGGAUAUCCUUCUUAGUUCUGAUGCGAAGCAGAGCGACCUUUCCGAAAGAAAAACUGAGCAGCCCCCGGUGCUUGCCCCCAGCAAGCCAGUGCUGAGCCGCAUGGAGGAGAACGUGAGAGGCUACGACUGGUCCACCCAUGAUGCCCAGCAGAGCCCAGACCGGGACCGGCAACAGGCCGAGAGGAGGAGCCUGCUGAGAGACUUCUGUGCCAACGCCAGCCUGGCGUUCCCCACUAAGGACCGUUCCUUUGAUGACAUCCCCAAUUAUGAACUGAACCACCUGAUCGUGGACGACCGCCACGGGGUCAUCUACUGCUACGUGCCCAAGGUGGCCUGCACCAACUGGAAGCGAGUGAUGAUCGUGCUGAGCGAGAGCCUGCUGGACCGGGGCAGCCCCUACCGAGACCCCCUGGACAUCCCCCGGGAGCACGUGCACAACUCCAGCACGCACCUAACCUUCAACAAGUUCUGGCGCCGCUACGGGAAGUUCUCCCGUCACCUCAUGAAGGUCAAGCUGAAGAAAUACACCAAGUUCCUGUUCGUGCGCGACCCCUUCGUGCGCCUCAUCUCAGCCUUCCGCAGCAAGUUCGAGCUGGAGAACGAGGAGUUUUACCGCAGGUUCGCGGUGCCCAUGCUCCGGCUGUACGCCAACCAUACCAGCCUGCCCGCCACGGUCAGCGAGGCCUUCAGGGCCGGCCUCAAGGUCUCCUUCGCCAACUUCAUCCAGUACCUGCUGGACCCACACACCGAGAAGCUGGCGCCCUUCAAUGAGCACUGGCGCCAGGUGUACCGCCUCUGCCACCCGUGCCAGAUAGACUACGACUUCGUGGGGAAGCUGGAGACACUGGAUGAAGAUGCUGCCCAGCUCCUGAGGUCCCUCAAGGUGGACUCCCAGCUCCACUUCCCCCCCAGUUACCGGAACAGGACGGCCAGCAGCUGGGAGGAGGGCUGGUUUGCCAACAUCCCCCUGGCCUGGAGGCAACAGCUCUAUAAACUGUACGAGGCCGACUUUGUUCUCUUUGGCUACCCCAAACCAGAAAACCUGCUCAGGGACUGAGCUCCCCAACACCAAAUAAGCUCCCAACUGUACGGCUGUUCCCGUCAGGCGGUCCUUUGAGGAUGGGGGUCCUGUGGCCUCCCGGGUUCUCUCCUGGCUUCCUUUCCUUCCUGGUGUGACAGGCAGAGGAUGCCGCGCCUUUCCCACAGGGAGACCACAGUCCAGCGAAGGCCCCCAGCACCCCACACUCCAGGGUUUUGCACACGCGCCCCCACCCUUUUGCAAUCUGGGUUUGUUUACUCCACAGCCUGUAUUCACGGAACAGGAACACUGUGUUAAUACUGUUUUCUAAGAUUAAUAUAUUUCAGAUAUAUUUAAUAAGAAAGUGGGAGGGAGCUGGAGUAAAGUGUGGCACCCCGCACCAUUGCACUCUUGUGGUUCUUUGGGUCAGGCAA